GGGAUCCGGCGGGCCCGGGCCGGCCGCCCGGAGCUCGAAGCUGCGGGAGUGGAGCCCAGCCUAGCCGCGUUGCUGGAAGAUGGCGAGCGGCUGGGGCGCGCGGCCGCCCGGGCGACCAGAGCUCCUCCCGCCGCUGCUGUGCUUGCUGCUGCUGCUGCUGCGGAGCCCGACCCGGGCAGCGCACAUCAAGAAGGCGGAGGCGACGACGACGACGACGAGCGCGGGCGCCGAGGCGUACGAGGGCCAGUUCGACCGCUACUACCACGAAGAGGAGCUGGGCUCGGCUCUACGGGAAGCAGCGGCCGCGGGGCCCCCGGGCCUGGCCCGCCUCUUCAGCAUAGGCAGCUCGGUGGAGGGCCGGCCGCUGUGGGUGCUGCGCCUCACGGCCGGCCUGGGGCCGCCACCCCCUGACGGCGACGCGGGGCCGGACGCGGCGGGGCCGCUGCUGCCCGGCCGGCCGCAGGUGAAGCUUGUGGGCAACAUGCACGGCGACGAGACUGUGUCGCGCCAGGUGCUCGUCUACCUGGCGCGAGAGCUGGCGGCUGGCUACCGCCGCGGAGACGCGCGCCUCGUCCGCUUGCUGAACACCACCGACGUGUACGUGCUGCCCAGCCUCAAUCCCGAUGGCUUUGAGCGCGCCCACGAGGGCGACUGCGGCUUCGGCGAUAGUGGACCUCCCGGGUCCAGCGGCCGGGACAACAGCCGCGGCCGCGACCUCAACCGUAGCUUUCCGGACCAGUUCAGCACAGGCGAGCCCCCGGCCUUGGACGACGUGCCCGAGGUGCGCGCCCUCAUCGACUGGAUCAGCAGGAACAAGUUUGUGCUUUCUGGAAAUCUGCAUGGUGGCUCAGUGGUAGCAAGCUAUCCUUUUGAUGAUUCUCCAGAACAUAAGGCCACUGGAAUCUAUAGCAAAACCUCAGAUGAUGAAGUAUUUAAAUACUUGGCAAAAGCCUAUGCUUCAAACCACCCCAUCAUGAAAACUGGGGCACCUCAUUGCCCUGGAGAUGAAGAUGAGACUUUCAAAGAUGGGAUCACAAAUGGUGCACAUUGGUAUGAUGUAGAAGGUGGUAUGCAAGAUUAUAAUUAUGUAUGGGCCAACUGUUUUGAAAUCACAUUAGAACUGUCUUGUUGCAAAUACCCACCUCCUUCGCAGCUUCGACAAGAAUGGGAGAAUAAUCGUGAGUCUUUGAUCACAUUGAUUGAAAAGGUCCACAUCGGAGUUACAGGAUUUGUGAAAGAUUCGGUAUCGGGAUCUGGCUUAGAGAAUGCAACCAUCUCAGUGGCUGGUAUUAAUCAUAAUAUCACAACAGGCAGAUUUGGUGAUUUCCACAGAUUACUUGUUCCUGGAACUUACAACAUUACGGCAGUUUUAACAGGGUAUAUGCCACUGACUAUUAAUAAUAUAAUAGUGAAAGAAGGACCAGCUACAAAGGUGAAUUUUUCCCUUCGGCCAACUGUGACUUCUGUAAUCCCUGACACAACCGAGGCUGUAGUAACUGCUAGCACAGUUGCUGUACUUAACCCUUCUCCUGCAACGCAAUCCUCCCACCAGCCUAUUCAGCCAAAGGACUUCCGCCACCACCACUUUCCUGACAUGGAAAUCUUUUUGAGAAGGUUUGCCAAUGAAUAUCCUAACAUCACCCGGCUUUAUUCACUGGGAAAAUCAGUGGAGUCAAGAGAGCUUUAUGUAAUGGAGAUAUCUGAUAAUCCAGGUGUCCAUGAACCAGGUGAACCAGAAUUUAAGUACAUUGGAAACAUGCAUGGAAACGAAGUGGUUGGGAGAGAACUGCUAUUGAACCUGAUUGAAUACCUUUGUAAGAACUUUGGAACAGACCCUGAAGUUACAGAUUUAGUUCGUAGCACUAGAAUUCACCUUAUGCCAUCCAUGAAUCCUGAUGGGUAUGAAAAGGCCCAGGAAGGAGAUUCAAUAAGUGUAAUUGGCAGAAACAACAGCAACAACUUUGACUUGAACCGAAAUUUCCCAGACCAGUUCGUUCAGAUCACAGAUCCUACCCAACCAGAAACUAUUGCUGUAAUGAGCUGGAUGAAGACCUUUCCAUUUGUACUGUCAGCAAACCUUCAUGGAGGUUCUUUAGUAGUUAACUACCCUUUUGAUGAUGAUGAACAAGGGCUUGCCACAUACAGUAAAUCACCAGAUGAUGCUGUGUUUCAACAAAUAGCUCUUUCUUAUUCCAAGGAAAAUUCCCAGAUGUUUCAAGGUAGACCUUGCAAGAAUAUAUACCCUAAUGAAUACUUUCCUCAUGGAAUAACAAAUGGGGCUAAUUGGUAUAAUGUCCCAGGUGGCAUGCAGGACUGGAACUAUUUACAAACAAAUUGCUUUGAAGUGACUAUUGAACUAGGUUGUGUGAAAUACCCAUUGGAAAAGGAUCUGCCAAAAUUUUGGGAACAGAAUCGAAGAUCUCUAAUCCAGUUUAUGAAACAGGUUCAUCAGGGUGUCAAAGGAUUUGUCCUAGAUGCCACAGAUGGCAGGGGUAUAUUAAAUGCCACCAUUAGUGUUGCUGAAAUAAAUCACCCGGUGACCACUUACAAAAAUGGAGAUUACUGGCGUCUCUUGGUUCCAGGGACUUAUAAAAUAACAGCAUCUGCUCGAGGGUAUAAUCCAGUUACCAAGAACGUGACCGUAAAGAGUGAUGGUGCAGUUCAGGUCAACUUCACACUUGUUCGAUCUUCAACAGAUUCAAACAAUGAAUCAAAGAAAGGAAAAGGAGAUAGCACCAACACUGAUGAUGCCAGUGAUCCAACUACUAAAGAGUUUGAAGCUUUAAUUAAAGACCUUUCAGCUGAGAAUGGUUUGGAAGGCCUCAUGUUACGUUCCUCACCAAAUAUGGCUCUUUACCGGUACCAUUCAUACAAAGACUUAUCAGAGUUUCUGAGAGGACUUGUAAUGAACUAUCCACAUAUUACAAAUCUUACCAAUUUGGGGCAGAGUGUUGAAUAUCGUCAAAUUUGGUCCCUUGAAAUAUCCAAUAAGCCCAACAUAUCUGAGCCUGAAGAACCAAAGAUUCGUUUUGUUGCUGGUAUCCACGGAAAUGCUCCAGUUGGAACUGAACUGCUUUUGGCUCUGGCAGAAUUUCUCUGCCUAAACUACAAAAAGAAUCCAGCUGUUACCCAAUUGGUUGACAGGACUAGAAUUGUGAUUGUCCCUUCUCUAAAUCCAGAUGGGCGAGAGAGAGCACAAGAGAAAGACUGUACUUCAAGGAUAGGUCAAACAAAUGCUCACGACAAAGACCUGGAUACAGACUUUACAAAUAAUGCUUCCCAGCCUGAGACUAAAGCCAUCAUUGAAAAUUUGAUUAGAAAACAGGACUUCAGUCUUUCUGUGGCUUUAGAUGGUGGUUCAGUGCUGGUCACAUACCCAUAUGACAAGCCAGUACAAACAGUAGAAAACAAAGAGACCCUGAAGCAUUUGGCAUCGCUGUAUGCAAAUAAUCAUCCAUCAAUGCACUUGGGUCAGCCUAGUUGCCCAAAUAAAUCAGAUGAGAAUAUUCCAGGAGGAGUAAUGCGUGGAGCAGAAUGGCACAGUCACCUGGGCAGCAUGAAGGAUUACAGUGUCACCUAUGGCCACUGCCCAGAAAUCACAGUAUACACAAGCUGCUGCUACUUCCCUAGCGCAGCACAACUCCCUUCCUUGUGGGCAGAAAAUAAAAAAUCUCUUCUUAGCAUGUUGGUGGAGGUUCACAAGGGAGUUCAUGGAUUUGUUAAAGAUAAGACUGGAAAACCCAUCUCUAAUGCAGUCAUUGUACUCAAUGAAGGAAUAAAGGUACACACAAAAGAGGGAGGCUACUUCCAUGUCCUGCUAGCCCCAGGUGUCCAUAAUAUCAAUGCCAUCGCAGAUGGGUAUCAGCAACAACAUUCACAGGUCUUUGUGCAUCAUGAUGCAGCUAGUUCUGUGGUAAUAGUCUUUGACACAGAUAACCGGAUAUUUGGUUUGCCAAGGGAGCUUGUGGUAACUGUAUCAGGUGCCACUAUGUCAGCAUUGGUCCUAACAGCUUGCAUCAUUUGGUGCAUCUGCUCGAUCAAAUCUAACAGACACAAGGAUGGCUUUCAUCGGCUCAGGCAGCAUCAUGAUGAGUAUGAAGAUGAAAUUCGCAUGAUGGCAACCGGCUCCAAGAAGUCCCUCUUAAGCCAUGAGUUCCAGGAUGAAACAGACACUGAGGAGGAAACAUUAUAUUCUAGCAAACAUUGAAAAACACACCUUGCAUAUCUCCCAGCAUAAGAACCAAGCAAAACUAUAGUUCCUUUUGGGAGACACGGCAUUAAGAAGAGAGACUAUCUUGCUUCUUCAAAGAGCCUUGGGAAGUUAACUCGCUAAAUUUGUAUUUUCUGUGAAUUUGGCUGGCAGUUUUGAACUUCCCCUCAAAGUACCCUUACCUUUUUUUUUUUUUUUUAAUCUGCUUUCUAUUUAUGCAGCAGAAAUGGGACAGCCACUUUGUUUUUCUUUUUAAUUUAAAAUGAGCUGUUUGGAGCUUGUUAUAACUGCAUAAAGCCAACUAGUGGAUGUUGUAUUUUGUACAUCAGGUGUUUCCUAGUGGCUUUAGCUUUUUUUUUUCUCCUUUAUUUUAAAUGGCCAAAAGAAUCCAGAAACAUUAAGGCAGGGACAGCAGUCAGAAUCUGACAUAAAGCUUUAAAACUCAAGGUUUUCUUAACCUACUGAGGAGUACUUUUCUCUAGUUAUUAAAUAGCUGGAGUUUCUCUUAUUAUUCAGGUUUAGUGGAGGCUGAGUUGAUUUUUAAACAUAUAACAUUAAGAAAUGAAUAAAUGGGCUUCCGCAUUUGCUUCCUACCUGUUCUAAGGCUAGAUCAGAACUGGUGGCCUGUGCUCUCUGCAGGAUUUCACUACCUCUCGUGUAAGGUUUAGCAAAGUUUUAAAGAUCCCCAUUUUACAGGAGAACUUGUUGACUUUGUUGUAAAAGAUCAAAUGUCUGUUUGAAUGGAGCUAAGAGGGAGAUCUAGCAAAAGCUAAAACUCAUGUUGCCUAUCUUUUAACUCGGUAAAAACCCAUAGGUGCUGCUGCUUUUAUCUGUGAAACACUAGUUAUUCUAGGAAUGCUUAAUUCUUUAAUCCCUAAAUUUGAGCCUUUUUCUGUGUUGUACACUUGUGGUUUUCAGAUUACCCAGCAAUCUACAAGAUCUGAAUUCUACUGAAAAUAUCUAGAAGUAGGGAAGAAACCUACUUGGCACAUUCUUGUCCUACGUUUGAAUACAAACUAUUUACGCAGACGUCAUGCUCCAGCCCAAACCUACACCCUGUUGUAGCAUACUGUUGUUGAAAUGGCUUGGCCAGUUUAACUCAUAUGCACCUCUGCAAGUGAUUGGGUUCUUUGCCCUAAUGGUUCGUUUGAAAGUCUCCUUUUUUUAUCAACCAAUUUUGUUUAAAGUUCGUUGAAAGCAUUUAAAUAUGGCUCUAUUAAAAAAAAAAGUUAUGAACUGCUGUGUGAUGUACCAUUGUGGUGAGGAAAGUAUCAUUUUCACUGCCAGUUGGGUUACUGCAAAGACCUGAAAGAUCUGUAUUUUAUUGUGUCUGUAAUAUCAUGCUAUUCAGUGGAAAUGAUGCUUUUUAAGUGUGAGUCUUACCAACAAUCUAAUGGUUUAAUAUCUUUGAAUGUUUUAACAGCCAAGUUGCUGCUGAACUUGUACUAAAUCAGGGGAUCAAAAAACUUGCUCUCAUCUUUUCAAACUGUAUUCUAUAUCCAUUAAUAUAUCAAUUAUCUCAAAGUCUUCAUGUGGAAUGGUUUACCACCCACAUAAGUCAUUCAUGCAAGUUUUGUGAGGAAUGCACCCAAAAUGGCUUUAUAAAAUGAGAUUUGGUUAGCGGGAAUAAGUCAUGAUGUUUACUAGUGAGUAGCUGUGAUAAAUUUGGGUUGUUCAAGGUUAAGCCAUGCUGGUAUUAAUCCUGUUUUUGACAAGUCUAAAUUUUGAGCCCUUGCCACACCAUUUUUUCCCUACCACAUACACAGAACAGAUUUUGCAGGGUGCUAAUACUUAAUUAAAUGUAUAUGAUUAAUUUCUUCACAUUUCCCUUAAGAGGAUGAUACGGUGGUAUUGCUCUUUUCAGCUUUAUUUUUAAGAAUGAAAACUAAGAAAACCAACCAAGGGCCUAUGAAUGGCCGGCUCUUUUGAGACAUUGCAAGAAGAAAUUAAAGGUGAUGUGACAGCCUUUACUUAAGUAGUUCUUUGUGGGAGGAUGCCUUUUAAAUUCAUUUCUCUCCUCAGUUAGACCUGUUUCUAACUGUACAUCACAGUGGAUGGAGUCCAUGCCUUUUAAGCAUGUGUAAAAUUUUUUAGAAAUGAAUGUACAACCAUUUCUUUUUAUAAUUUUUCCUGAAAAGAAACCCAAAUUCUGCUAUAAAUCUUUAAUCUUGAAUGAAUUUCUAAAUAGUGAAUUGUUCUGGAAAACAAGGCUUCUCAGCCUGUGUUACUAUUAACAUGAAUGUACAGGAUCAUGACUACUAAGACUGUUCUCUGCCUUGCUUUGUCUUUUGUUUGUGGAUCUAAUUUAAUAUUAGACCACAUUAACUGCUUAAGGCAUUGAAGCCAUAUGGAAUGGGGAAUGCAUUUUUUCAGUGUUUCUCAUAGAGACUUUACAUUUCUUUGGAGUCAUGGAGGCAAGUAAGUAUCACAGUAUUAUGAAAUUUGACCAAACCUGAGUCGUGCCUUUCUUUACUCACAAGGCAUGUUUUUUGUGUCCUGAUGAUCAGUUUGUAAACCUUCUUCCCUCCCAGCUCCUCAAUAAAAGUAAAAUGAUUGAGUAGGUAAUGUUCAAAGUGUCUGCCUGUGUAAAUGUACUUGUACGGAUUAUGCAGUUCAAUAGGAUGAACUUAAGCUACUUUCAAGAGGAAGAACCCUUUGGUUUUGAUGUAUUGCUGAAUGUUUAGAUAAGAGAUUGCGAUCCCGUCCAGUUGAGGAAUGCUUACAGUGUUCAAUGGAGGAAAUUUGCUUUGGGAUUUUUUCAUCUUUCAGAAAGGAAGCAUAAUGUAUAGCAGGCCCCGUGUGACUAAUUGGUUUACCUUUGGUAACUCACUUGAAUGGGAUUUGCUGAAUUAAAGAAUUUUGAACUUAAAACUAAUUCCAAGUUGACAAAUAAAAGACAGUGCUUAUGCCUGAGCUUAUUGUGUUUCUGAGCUAACACCAGGUUACUCAGUAACCAUGACCUGCUCCUCCAUUUUCAUUCAUUCUCAGCAGUAAAUAGUUUUAUCUCCUUGUUGCCAGGAAUGCACUUGUGCCAGGUUCUGUCCCCGCUCUACUAAAAGCUUCUUAGCUGUGAAUGCUGUACCUAGUGCCCUAUGUUAUGGUUCUCUGGUGGAAUUGUUUUAAACAGAAGCAACUUUGUUAUUAUCACAAAAAAAAUUCCAGUUUGAUGUUUAGUGAUUUUCUAUAUAGCAACUUUUUGAUAACUCUCUGGGUUUCUGAUUUUUUUCAGGUAAAGCAGUUUUUUUUUUUUUUCAGGGGUGGGAGAUUAGGGUUUUUGACUAACAUCAACUGAACUUGGAUUUAUAAUUCAUGAAGAAGCAUCUCCCAACACCCAUUUCCUCUGUUUUAGCAAUAAGUAAUAUUCCACUUGACUUUCAGAAUAUUGUUCUAGUUGAUUUUGAUUUGAUAGAAUAUAUUAUGAAAUUCAAAAGUAGGCUACCAUUUUGAGACCAUGGGACAUAAACUGUAUAAUAUGUAUGAUUAUGACUUUUAUAAAUAGCAUAUCAUGAGUGUACUAGGUACAUUCUAUGCUGGCCACACUGCGGAUUUUAUGGAAGUAUGACAUAUUUUUUAUGCUCAGAUUAAAAAUUAGUUUUUCACCUUUCCAUUUUCUUUCAGAGUGACCUUCCCCAGCUCCAGAAAAAUCUAUAGCUAUUUAUAUGAGGUGCCUAACACUCAUUCAUCUCAAGUGCUUCAGUCUUUGGUUUAUUUCAUGCACUGUGCCUUCAAAAUGAAAUUUUUAAAAGGGACUUUAAACAAAGUUGAAUCAUAGUUUUAAAAAGUCAAUCUGUGUAAUUUAUGUGAAAUCUAACUGUAAUGAGGUCCUUUCUGUUUUUUAUAUGUAAACAGAUCUACUAAU